GUGGGGGCCGGGAGCGCAAAUGGCGUUGAGAUGGUUCAGGGCCCUGUUCAAACUCCAGCGCUGACCAUUCACCGGCGGAAGCGGCGACGGUCGCCGCCUCCACACCCACCGGUUUCCUAUUUACCUAAAUCGGAGUCCCGGGUUUCUCUCUUCGCGUACCGGCCGGCCCUGCUCUCCCGCGCGGGGCUCCCGCGCCCGCCCGUGGGCCGCUGGGAGCGGGAGAGGCGGAGGCGGCCCGAGGCCAAAGCACCCCGCCAGGCGCCGAGGGGAGAAUAUGAAACAGGUGUCAAAAUGACAUCCAGAUUUGGGAAAACAUAUAGUAGAAAGGGAGGAAAUGGCAGUUCAAAAUUUGAUGAAGUGUUUUCCAACAAGCGGACUACCCUUACCACAAAAUGGGGAGAGACCACAUUUAUGGCUAAAUUAGGGCAGAAGAGGCCCAAUUUCAAACCAGAUAUACAAGAAAUCCCGAAGAAACCUAAGGUGGAAGAAGAAAGUACUGGGGAUCCUUUUGGAUUUGAUAGUGAUGAUGAGUCUCUACCAGUAUCUUCAAAGAAUUUAGCCCAGGGUAAAGGUUCCUCUUAUUCAGAAUCUAGUGAAGCUGCUCAGCUGGAAGAUGUUACUUCUCUACUUGAAGCUAAUAGCAAACUUAGUCAUCCGGUGGGUGAAGACAGUGUUGUAGCUGAUAAAUGCUUACAUUUGGAGGAUACGCUGGUUGGAAAAGAAAAGAGCACAAACCGUAUCUUAGAAGGAGAUGCAAGCAAAAGUAGCUGUGCUAAAUUAAUAACUUCAGGUAAAGUGGAGAAUUGUAAUGAAGAACAUGAAAAGAAUAGUCACCAUAUUUAUGAAAAUGCUGAAGACAGUAAUAAGAAACCCAGUGCAGAAACUGUAGUGACUUCUGGAUAUAAAACUGAUGCAAUCAAGGAAACAAAUGAUACUUGGAACUCCCAAGUUGGGAAAAGGUCAGAGUCUCAACCAGAAAUAUCUCCAAUUAAGGGAUCUGUAAGAACUGGUUUGUUUGAAUGGGAUAAUGAUUUUGAAGAUAUCAGAUCAGAAGAUUGUGUAUUAAGUAUUGGUAAUGAUCCUCUUGUGGAGAUGAAGGAUGAGGAUUGUAAAACGCCAUUGGAAAAUCUAAAUGAAGCCAUUGAGGAAGACAUUGUGCAAAGUGUUCUUAGGCCAAGUAACUGUAGGACGUAUUGUAGGGCCAACAAAGCAAAAUCUUCGCAAGGAACAUCAAAUUUUGAUAAGCUGUUGGAUGGCACCAAUCAGGCCUUAGCCAAAACAAACAGUGAAUCAAGUAAAGAUGGCCUGAAUCAGGCAAAGAAAGGUGGGGUAAGUUGUGGGACCAGUUUGAGAGGGACAGUUGGACGGACUAGAGAUUACACUGUUCUGCAUCCAUCUUGCCUGUCAGUUUGUAACGUCACCAUACAGGAUACUAUGGAACGCAGCAUGGAUGAGUUCACUGCAUCAACUCCUGCAGACUUGGGAGAAGCUGGCCGCCUAAGAAAAAAGGCAGAUAUUGCAACUUCUAAGACCACUACUAGAUUUCGACCUAGUAAUACUAAGUCUAAAAAGGAUGUUAAACUUGAAUUUUUUGGUUUUGAAGAUCAUGAUGACACAGGAGGUGAUGAAGGAGGUUCUGGAAGUUCCAAUUACAAAAUUAAAUAUUUUGGCUUUGAUGAUCUCAGUGAAAGUGAAGAUGAUGAAGAUGAAGACUGUCAAGUGGAAAGAAAGACAAGCAAAAAAAGAAGUAAAACAGCGCCAUCACCCUCCUUUCAAGCUCCCCCAGAAAGCAAUGAUAACUCUCAGGACAGUCAGUCUAAUACCAAUAACGCAGAAAACUUGGAUUUUACAGAGGACUUGCCUGGUGUGCCUGAAAGUGUGAAGAAACCCACAAAUAAACAAGGAGAUAAAUCAAAGGAAAAUACCAGAAAGAUUUUUAGCGGUCCUAAACGGUCACCUACAAAAGCUGUAUAUAAUGCCAGACAUUGGAACCAUCCAGACUCAGAAGAACUACCCGGGCCACCAGUACUAAAACCUCAGACUGUCACAGUGAGACUGUCUCCAAAGGAACCAAAUCAAAAAGAUGAUGGAGUUUUUAAGGCUCCUGCACCACCUCCCAAAGUUAUAAAGACUGUGACCAUACCUACUCAACCAUACCAAGAAAUAGUUACCGCACUGAAAUGCAGAAAAGAAGACAAAGAAUUAUACACGGUGGUUCAGCAUGUAAAGCACUUCAAUGACGUGGUGGAAUUUGGUGAAAAUCAAGAGUUCACUGAUGACAUUGAGUACUUACUAAGUGGCUUAAAGAGCACUCAGCCUCUAAACACACGUUGCCUUAGUGUUAUUAGCUUGGCUACUAAGUGUGCCAUGCCCAGUUUUCGAAUGCACCUGAGAGCACACGGGAUGGUAGCAAUGGUCUUUAAAACCUUGGAUGAUUCCCAGCACCAUCAGAAUCUGUCCCUUUGUACAGCUGCCCUCAUGUAUAUAUUGAGCAGAGAUCGUUUGAACAUGGAUCUUGAUAGAGCUAGCCUAGAUCUAAUGAUUCGACUUUUGGAACUUGAACAAGAUGCUUCAUCAUCUAAGCUACUGAAUGAAAAAGACAUGAACAAAAUUAAAGAAAAAAUCCGAAGACUCUGUGAAACUGUACACAACAAGCAUCUUGAUCUAGAAAAUAUAACGACUGGGCAUUUAGCGAUGGAGACGUUAUUGUCCCUUACUUCUAAACGAGCAGGAGACUGGUUUAAAGAAGAACUACGGCUCCUAGGUGGUUUGGAUCAUAUUGUAGAUAAAGUAAAAGAAUGUGUGGAUCAUCUAAGUGGAGACGAGGAUGAAGAGAAACUAGUAGCCUCAUUAUGGGGAGCAGAGAGAUGUUUACGAGUUUUAGAAAGUGUAACCGUACACAAUCCAGAGAAUCAAAGCUAUUUGAUAGCAUAUAAAGAUUCACAACUCAUUGUAUCAUCAGCUAAAGCAUUACAGCAUUGUGAAGAAUUGAUUCAGCAGUAUAACCGUGCUGAAAACAGUAUAUGCCUACCUGACAGUAAGCCUCUGCCCCAUCAGAAUGUAACUAGCCACGUGGGCAGAGCAGUGGAAGACUGCAUGCGGGCCAUCAUUGGAGUGUUGCUCAAUUUAACCAAUGAUAAUGAAUGGGGCAGCACCAAAACAGGGGAACAGGAUGGCUUGAUUGGUACAGCGAUGAACUGUGUACUUCAGGUUCCAAAGUACCUACCUCAGGAGCAGAGAUUCGAUAUUCGAGUGCUGGGCUUAGGUCUUUUGAUCAAUCUAGUGGAGUAUAGUGCUCGGAAUCGGCACUGUCUUGUCAACAUGGAAACAUCGUGUUCCUUUGAUUCUUCGUUCUAUAGUGAAGACGGAGAUGAUAGUUUAAGGAUAGCUGGACAAGUUCAUGCUGUUCAGGCUUUAGUGCAGCUAUUCCUUGAGCGAGAGCGGGCAGCACAGCUGGCAGAAAGUAAAACAGAUGAGUUGAUCAAAGAUGCUCCCACCACUCAGCAUGAUAAGAGUGGAGAAUGGCAAGAAACAAGUGGAGAAAUCCAGUGGGUGUCAACGGAAAAGACUGAUGGUACAGAGGAGAAACAAAAGAAGGAAGAGGAUGAUGAAGAACUUGACCUCAAUAAAGCCCUUCAGCAUGCUGGCAAACACAUGGAAGACUGCAUUGUGGCCUCAUAUACAGCCCUGCUUCUUGGUUGUCUCUGCCAGGAGAGUCCCAUCAAUGUGACCACUGUGCGGGAGUAUCUGCCAGAAGGAGACUUUUCAAUAAUGACAGAGAUGCUCAAAAAAUUCCUCAGCUUCAUGAAUCUUACCUGUGCUGUUGGAACCACAGGUCAGAAGUCUAUCUCUAGAGUGAUUGAAUACUUGGAACAUUGCUAG